AUGGCUAAUAGCAACUGGCAGUCGGCAAUUCCUAAGGAUUCGCAACUGCCACCACAGCAACAAGGCUUUUUAGGCUUCUUGUUGGCAGGUGAUCUACGUCACGGUCUUAAAUGCUCUUUAUUUAUCCUCAAACUGCUUGCUGAUCUUCAGGAGAUCAGCCCCUCACCAAACAGCACGGGAGUUCCGAAGAGUUCUCUCUCCCGGCGAUACGAUGAGAAGGGUCUCGUAGAAGUGGACGGGCUCAACGAGAAGUGGCAUAUCAAAGGUCACAAUAGUCCUUACGCGCCGCAGGUGCCCAAAGUCGAGGCACGGGUGCGAUCAGCACGUCGACACCUACUAACGCUAGCGAGAAAGGCUAUCGAGGCUGGGAAAGACGAUGCGCAUAUCGUGGUUAUAACCCACGGCGAGUUCGCGCAUUGGCUCACAGACGAUUUCCAAGGCGCAUUCAUUGGCACCAACAUGGACACUACGGUCGACUAUAGCGAAGAGCAGAAAAAUUCCUUGGAUGAUCUGCCAGAAUUUAUGUGGGAUUACGGAGGUAAACUUCGUCUGACGAUAGAGGAAUGGCAAGAAGCGAAGAACGGAUAUACCGAUUCCGAGAUCCUAACAGCCGUGCGGGAAGCACGCUGGAAAGGUAGAAUUAAAGAUCCUCAGUUACGAGGAAGAGCGUACGGAAAAAAAUCGCUUCGGUCUUGA